GUGACGCGCUCAGGUAACGCGCUUCAAUUGUACAUUUGACCCGGAACAGAGCUGAAAAUAUUCGUAAAAAUACGAAAUCCUGUUAAUUUAAGUAGUGUUUAAUCGAAUUUUGAUCGAGAAUGUCGGAAGUCGCGUACCAAGUCAACGAUUUAGUAUGGGCAAAAAUGAAAGGAUUCAGCCCAUGGCCCGGCAAGGUUUCGGAUCCGCCGCCAGAAUUGAAGAAAACGCCGAAAAAGGGAGGGCCUGUUAAGUGCGUCUUUUUCUUCGGAUCCAACAAUUAUGCUUGGAUUGAGGAGCAUAACAUCAAACCAUACGAAAAGUUCAAAGACCAACUGAAGAAUUCCAGCAAAUCUGCUGCCUUCAAAGAUGCCGUUGUCGCAAUCGAGACAUAUAUCAAGGAUCCCGAUCAGUUUGACAGCGUUUUCGACAACAAUCAUCGCGACACGGAUGCCGAAUUCAACAAAUUGCGCGAAGAAACUGCCGAUGAUACAGCAGAUCUUGACGAGAGCGCUGUCACGAGUCCCGUUGCUUCGCCCCCGACAACAGCAAAGAAAUCCGCAAGCAAGCGCAAAUCGGAGAUCAAGCCAAAAGUUGAACCAAAAUCGGGCACAAAGUCUCCCGUUGCGAAGCGUAAGCGUCUUUUGAACGACUCGGCAAUGAAGAAUUCGAGCCCAGAUUUGUCAUCGAGCUUCACACCGACGCCUCGUCGUAAUAUUUCGGUAACGCAAUUGUUGAAUCGCCCGUCGACAGUUGUCAAGCCCGAUGCCCCGGAAAUCGAUGUUGGCAAGGUAUCGACGACGCUCAAGUCGAAAAAUAUCAAUCCAUCGACGUUGUCGUUCGGUUUCCUCGGAUUGGGAAUUAUGGGAAGCGGAAUUGUUAAGAAUUUGAUCAAUUCCGGGCAUAAAGUUUGCGUUUGGAACAGAACUGCCUCAAAGUGUCGCAAAUUCGAAGAAGCAGGAGCUGAGAUCAAAUUGACACCUUGCGAUGUAAUCGACGCCACAGACAUUACUUUCUCGUGCGUUUCUGACCCUCAAGUUGCUAAAGAUUUGGUAUUUGGUAACUGCGGCGUCUUAAGCUGUGACGAUAUGACAAACAAAGGAUAUGUAGAAAUGACUGGAAUCGAUGCUGAAACAUCCCAAGAUAUUGCCGAAGCGAUCAAUAAUCGAAUGGGUCGUUAUUUGGAAGCUCAAAUUCAAGGCUCCAAAUCACAAGCAGAAGAGGGAACUUUGAUCAUUUUGGCUGCCGGAGAUCGCACGCUCUUCGACGAAUGCCAAACUUGCUUCGAAGCAAUGGGACGCAAUUCAUUCUAUUUAGGCGAUGUUGGUCAUGCAUCCAAGAUGAACUUAGUCUUGCAAAUGAUGGGAGGCGUUGCUUUAGCUGGACUUGCAGAAGCAAUGGCAUUAGCUGAUCGUGCCGGUUUGCAACAAAAAGACGUAUUGGAAGUUCUUGAAUUGACAAGCAUGGCAUCUCCAAUGAUGCUCGAAAAGGGUCAAGCAAUAAUCAAAGGAGAUUUCCCUACAAAUUUGGCACUUUCUCACAUGCAAAAGGACCUCAAGCUUGCCCUCAGUAUGGCAGAAAAUCUCGAGCAACCACUUCCGCUCGCCGCAACAUCAAAUGAAGUGUACAAACACGCAAAACGCCUUGGCUACGGUGAUCACGAUGCAAGUGCAGUUUACAAAACAAAUACUGCAAAAGAAACAAAGGUAGAUACUAAGAAAGAAGUUAAGAAACGCAAGAAAAGCAAGAAAAAUUGAAGAAAAAACGGAAAAAUGAAAGAAAUUUACUAUUUUUUGUUUAAUUGUUGAAGAAAAAAAAAUUAAAUUUGAAAAGUAUGUCCAAAGUUAUAUAUCGACUAUAGAGAAAAAAGGAAAAAAGUAAAAAUUUAUAUCAAAAAUGAUUUAAUUUUAAGAGGCUACGAAUGUAAUUUUUUCUGUCACGACUAAUUUUUAAGAAAACUUUUUAAGAAAUUCAAUAUAAAUCUGAUUGUAAGAGUUGUAUGUGCGAAACACUGCUUUUUAGUUU